CAUCUAUAUCUGCUAUAAAAAGUUUCAAAUCUCAAUGGUGGAAAUCAUAAUACCAGAUUGGUUGCCUUCUUCGCCUCUCAAAUAUUAUCUCAUAUAUUUUUAUUCAUUCUUCCCAUAAAUCAUGGCGGCUUAUGGAGCUCUGGUUUCUCUUAUGCAUAUCAUAGAUCGCCUUGAAAACCAUCCUUCCCCUCCAAUUUCUAUCAACAAACAGCAAGUUGAAUCUCUCACUGAAAAUGUUACCUUCUUGCAGGAUUUUCUUGAUGCUUAUAUUUCCCCAGUUGUGGAUGACCAUGAAGCGGAUCCAUUGGAGCGUCGCAUUGCUGAUGCAGUUUAUGCAGCUGAGGAUGUCAUCGAAUCCCAAAUUGUGCUUCAAAUUCAUAACCGAUCCACAAUUCGUGGGAAGAAGUCCAGUUUUGUCAACUUGUUUCGAGCUCGGUGCAAAUGCGCAACUAUUGAUAGAAAUGAAUUGGAGGUCGGUGUAAAUGCAGCUGAGGACUUCUAUCACGAUCUGCAACAAGUGAUAGAAGAAAUGAAUUUCAUCAAGAAGGAAGCCACAGAGAUUGCCACCGCAGCUCAACUGCAGAGAAAGGUCUCCUCAACUCAUGCUGGCUCCUCUUCCACUGUGAAGGAAAUCAUGAUGGUGGGCUUCGACGAGGUGUUACUUGAAGUGCUGGAUAAGCUCACCGGAGGCCAACGCAGUCGCCAAAUCAUCCCAAUUAUGGGGAUGGGCGGCAUUGGUAAGACCACUCUUGCCCGACAUGUAUUUCAGCAUGCGCUUGUUAAACACCAUUUUGAUAUUUUUGCUUGGACUACAAUUUCUCAAACUUAUAGUGUGAGAGAAACACUUAGAGAAGUUCUUUUCCAAGCAAGUGGGGAUUCGCGUAGUGAUCUGAGUGAGGUUGAAUUGAGAUUAGCACUACACAAGUAUUUAUGGGGUAGGAGGUAUCUCAUAAUUAUGGAUGAUAUGUGGAGCACAGAGGUGUGGGACAAGAUCAGGUCUUCUUUUCCCGAUUGCGAAAAUGGGAGUCGAAUAAUUGUAACAACUAGGCUGUCAAACUUGACUUUGCAGUUGGGUGAGUCUUAUGGUGUUGGUAUGAAAUUUCUAGAUGAGGCUAGUAGUUGGGAUUUGUUCACCAAGACUGUGUUUGGGGGAGAAAGUUGUUUUCCUCAUGAGUUGGAGGAUAUUGGAAAGAAUAUUGUAGCAAAUUGUAAAGGGCUUCCUUUAUCAAUUGCUACAAUUGGAGGUCUUUUGGCAAAAUCUGAGCGCACUACAGAAUAUUGGAUGCGUAUAGAGCAAAAUUUAAAUUCAAUUGUCAUUAGGAAUAAUGAUGAAUUUUGCUUGAAAAUAUUGCGAAUGAGCUAUACGUAUCUGCCCAACUAUUUGAAGCCAUGCUUUUUGUAUAUGGGUGUUUUUAAGGAAGAUCGUAGAAUUCGUGCCUCAAUGCUGAAGAAGCUAUGGGUUUCAGAAGGAUUUUUGAAACCAACGAGUAAUGGAAAAUGCUUGGAAACAAUUGCGCAAGAGUACUUAAAGGAGUUGGUGGAUAGAAAUAUGAUAAUAGUUGAUAAGUUGGGGUCUAUUGGAAAUGUCAAGUACUGUAAAAUUCAUGAUUUGUUGAGGGACGUGUGCUUGAAAGAAGUUGAAAAGGAGAGGUUUUAUCAUAUCAUAGAAAAGUCUCCUUCAGUGAUAGAUAAUGAAUGUCGUCGGCUUGUUUUUAAAAAUGGUGGAGUCUCGAGAUCUUUGUCACAUGCUCGUUCUAUAAUAUGUGAUGAGAAGAACUUUGAAAUGCCUCACAAUUUUAGAUUGUUGAGAAUAUUCAAAGAAUAUGAUAGAGAUACAAAUCAAUUUGGAGUUGGUGUUCAUUUCCUAGGAGAUGUUUUUCAAUUGGUGAACUCACGGCACCUUGCUGUUAAACUUCAUCGGAACUCCGAAUUCCCGUCUUCAAUCAAUUUGCUUUGGAAUCUAUCUACGUUAAUAGUUCAGCAGUCAGCAUUCCAUAAGUUCGUUGCACCGAUUGAGAUUUGGAAAUUGCAUCAACUUAGGCAUCUCGAGUUUGUAGAAAAAGCAUUGAUUCUCCCAGAUCCUCCGAGUGAUGAUAUCGUUAUCAUGGAGAAUCUACAAACGCUCAAAGGAGUAAUGAAUUUGUAUUUGAAUGAGGAGGUGGUUCAAAGAAUUCCCAAUCUCAAGAAAUUGCAUCUAGUUUACCACUGGGAAGAUAUGGAGGGUUUGAUUGAAUUGAAACAAACGGAGAGAGCAAACUCUUUUAGUUAUCUUCAGUGUCUGAGUAAAUUGGAAAGCUUGCAGUGCUCCACCGAUUAUGGAUAUGAUGAUGAGUAUUUGCAGAGGAUCAGUUUCCCACACUCCCUCAAGAAGUUGAAGUUAUCUCUCUAUAAUCUGGAGUUGGUAGAGAUAUUGCAAAAGAUAGGGUGGUUGCCCCUUCUUCAGAAGUUAGUAUUACAUGGUGGUGCCUUCAAAACAGGCAAGUGGGACACUAUUGAGGGCCAAUUCCGGAGCCUCAAGCUACUACAAUUGCACUAUUGUAAUGGUCUAAAAAAUUGGACGAUGGCAGAGAACUCCCACUUUCCACUUCUCCACGAGCUUCGUCUUCGAGGUUUGCGACAAUUGGAGGAGAUCCCUUCAGAAGUUGGAGAAAUACCAUCGCUGAAAUCAAUUACUUUGAAAGGUUGCAGCAAAUCAGCGGUAGAGUCAGCUAAAAAAAUAGUAGAAGAACAACAGGAUUUAUAUGGAGACCAACUAGACCUUCAUGUUCGAGCUAUAGUUCGAAAAGAACACGAAAGACUGCAGAGCUUGGCAAGUCCCAACUUUGAAGUUGAAGAUUUUCUUGAUGCUUAUAAUAUGUGAUGAGGAUGCGAGAAACUUUGACAGUCCUCACAAUCUUAGAUUGUUGAGAACAUUCAAAUCAUAUGAUAGAGAUGAUACACGUCCAUCAUCAGAUGGCUGAGAGCUCCCACUUUCCAGUUCUCCAGGAGCUUCGACUUCUAACAUUAUAUGAAUUGGAGGAGAUCCCUUCAGAAGUUGGAGAGAUACCAACGCUGAAAUCAAUUUAUUUUGAACGUUGCAGUGAAUCAGCAAUGGUGUCAGCUAAAAAGAUAGUGGAAGAACAAGAGGAUUUAUAUGGAGACCAACUUGACCUUCAUGUUCGAGCUCAAGUUCGAAAAGCACACGAAAGACUGCAGAGGUUUUGAAGUCAUAGUGAGAAGUUAUUAGAAUCAUCUAGCAUCCAAGAUUGUUAGUUACAAGUUCAGACCUUUUGGCUUAUAAAACUUUGAGCUUUUGUUGCUUCAUUACUGUAAGCUCCACAAGUCUUUAUUUAAAUAACUCAUUUAGUUUCUCUUCCUUUUGGGAAAG